CCCAUACCCACCAUUUUAUUUCAUCACAGAUUCUCCAUUUGUAAUCUUUCUCCCAAAUCCAACCCAUUAUCUGAUCCAAUUUUGAUGUAAUCUUGUCCAGAUCGCUGCAAAUUUACAGAAAAGAGGGUGUUUUUUGGUUUCCGAUCGUCGGUUUAGUUUAUCCGGCAUGGUUUCCGAGAAGAAAAAUGAGGCAACUUCAUCCUCCAACGGCUUUCCAUCGGUUCCGAGGGAAGAUUCGCCUCUCCUCGCAAACCAUGAUUCUUUAUCCUCCACGCCCAAGACGUUUGCGAACGUUUUCAUCGCCAUCGUCGGCGCCGGCGUUCUUGGUCUGCCGUAUACCUUCAUGCGCACCGGUUGGGUUACCGGAUUCGUCAUGAUUUUCGCCGUCGCCGGCCUUGUCUACCGUGGCAUGAUGCUCCUUAUCGAAACCCGAAGAAAACUCGAAUCCCCACUGUCUUAUUCCAAAAUCAAUUCUUUCGGAGAUCUGGGAUUCGCAGUUUCAGGUCCCAUCGGUCGUCUCGCCGUCGAUAUAAUGAUCAUCGCAUCCCAAGCCGGUUUUUGCGUCGGAUACUUAAUCUUCAUCGGCAACACUUUAGCCAAUCUUUUCAAUUCCACCCCAAUCGAAUCCCGCCAUUAUUUAAACGCCACUUCUCGCAUUUGGGGUUUACAAGCCAAAACUUUCUACAUCUGGAGCUGUUUCCCAUUCCAAUUAGGACUAAACGCCAUUCCAACUCUAACCCUUUUAGCCCCAAUGUCAAUCUUCGCCGACAUUGUCGACGUCGGAGCCAUGGCCGUCGUCAUGGUCGAAGAUAUCAACGUUUUCAUGAAAAGCACCACCACCGUCUACGCAUUCGGCUCCUUUCCAAUGUUCUGCUACGGUCUCGGAGUCGCUCUUUUCUCCUUCGAAGGAAUCGGAAUGGCAUUGCCAUUGGAAUCAGAAGCCAAAGACAAGAAAAACUUUGGAACAGUGUUGGCAUGGGCGAUGGCCUUCAUUGCCGCCAUGUACGGGUUCUUUGGCUUAUUGGGUUACUUUGCUUUUGGUGAAAACACAAGAGAUAUCAUCACUGCAAACAUGGGUAAAGGAAUUCUCAGCAGUUUGGUCCAAUUGGGUCUCUGUAUAAAUCUUUUCUUCACAUUUCCAUUGAUGAUGCAUCCAGUUUAUGAAGUUAUGGAAAGAAGAUAUUGGGAAGGAAGGUAUUGUUUAUGGAUGAGAUGGGUGUUGGUUAUGGUGGUGAGUUUGGUGGCUCUUUUUGUGCCAAAUUUUACAGAUUUCUUGUCAUUGGUUGGAAGUAGUACUUGUUGUAUAUUGGGGUUGGUUUUACCUUCUUUAUUUCAUUAUAUUACUUUCAAGAAUGAGAUGCAAAGGAAGGAAAGUAUGUGGGAUUUGGGGAUGAUUGUUUUGGGUGUGAUUCUUGGGGUUUUGGGGACUUGGUUUUCUUUGAUUGAAAUCAUCUUUUGAAGGUGUAUGUGGAGGGAUUGAAGAUUAUGAUGAAGAGGAUGAAGUGCUAAAUCAUCACAUGAAAGUAUUAAUGAUUGUGAUUUUAGAGAGCCUUCAUUCACAAAACAGUGUGGUUUGUUUGUUUGAUCGAAUGGCUGUGGAUGUGCGUUGUGGUGUUUUCAGGUUAGUAUUGUUUGUUCUGUAAUGUGUCGAGUGAGAAGUUAUACGUUUGGUGUUUGUUUUUGGUAGUGAAAUGAAAAUCAUAGUUUGUGUUCGUGUUU